AAAAAGUGGUGUCAGAGUUUCGAUCAUAUAAAAGAAAUUAAGUUUUCUCUGUCUCCCUCGUGGAUCCGACGAAGCUCCGGAAAAAGAUAUUUUUUUCCUCAAGAAAUGGCGGGAAGAGCUCAAAUUCCGACAAGCAAUUCAGCACUAAUUGCCAUGAUUGCUGAUGAGGAUACAGUAACUGGAUUUUUGAUGGCUGGAGUUGGAAAUGUGGAUUUAAGGAGAAAAACAAACUAUCUAAUCGUUGAUUCAAAAACAACAGUGAAAGCAAUUGAAGAUACAUUCAAAGACUACACCACAAGGGAGGAUAUUGCAAUUAUUUUGAUCAGUCAAUAUGUUGCAAACAUGAUAAGGUUUCUAGUUGAUAGCUACAAUAAGCCGGUUCCUGCAAUUCUGGAAAUCCCUUCCAAAGAUCAUCCUUAUGACCCUGCUCAUGAUUCCGUUCUCUCCCGUGUGAAGUAUCUCUUUUCUGCUGAAUCAGUUGCGUCAGGAAGGCGUUAAUGAUGAUGUCCCACCGGUAUGCUUAAUCAAAUCCCCAUUAUAGUAAUAGCACAAUCAAUGUAUCUCCAAAUGCUCCGGCAUAUCAUCAUACACCAUCAUGACUGUACUUUCGCUGUGAUUGAUCUUUUCCACUCGUGCAGCUCGAGUUAUCUUGUUGUUUAAGUGUUUAUUUACCUCUUGUGUUUCUUGUACUUAUUGGGUGCCAAAAUCCCAGAAGAAGCUGAUUGUUCUUUUAUAUUCCCAUUGAAGCCCAUUCUUUGUUCUA